AUGUGUGAUCAAUGGAAGGCCCCAAAUGAAGGGACUCCUUGCUGGAUUGAGAUCUUCGCCACCGACCUUGCCCGAGCUGAAAAAUUCUACUCGACUGUCUUUAAUUGGACCUUCGACAAGGCCUGCCCUGGACGAACCGACGAGAUCUCUGUCUUCCGCUUCCCUGACAAGUGUGUCGGAAGCCUUGGCGGUAGCAUUUCCAAGAUCAAUCCAGGAGAGCACACCAUCGGCCCAAAGACCAUCAAGUUGUACCUCUAUGUCAACGAUCUAGAGAAAACUAUGGAGAAAAUCGUUGCAAACGGAGGAAAGAAGUGUAGUGAUGUGGUCGCCGAAGGAGAACACGGGGAAAUCAUGCAUCUCCAAGACACAGAGGGAAAUGGUAUCGGCAUUUAUUCAACAAAGAAAAAAUAA